UAUUCUAAUAGGCAGAGGAGGAGAAAACCCCUUCUGUAACUCUGGAAUUUGUGCUCUUCUAGUCAGGAGCAGCAAGGUAAAAGCUGGAUGUGGCUUUUUCUGUAUUAUGCCUAUGGUCAAAACACUUGCUCGGGUUUCCCCAGCCUGCAGCAGGAUGGAGCCUCUUCAGCCUCCUCUUGUCGGUGGUACAACCUGCACUGAGUGGAUGGGUGGGAAGCAGACGGGUGCCCAGGCUCCUCCAAGGCAUGUGUGAAUCCUUCUGCUGUGGUAUAGUAAAGGCAAACUCUAAAGACAAAACAGUUCUUUCAGCAUGGACAGAUCUACAACUACAGUUGAUGAUCAUGUUGCUGGAUUAACUUGGCCUUGGCUAGACAAAGGAAUCAUUCAGCCAGGGGAGAAUGACCCAGUUACAGGCUUGAAACAGAGUUAAUUUGGUUUUUAGAUUAAAAGAAAAACCUGGAACCUUUUUAACUUCAGGGGAUCGAAGUAUUUGAUGAAUGGACCUUGCAAUUCGGAUCCUCCCUACCCAGGCAGGCGCUGACCCUGUCCCUUGCUGCUGGUUACUGACCUCUCUCGUUCCUCCUCUCUCUGCGAGGAGCCUCCCAAGUACACACCGUGUGUUGACUCAGCCACCGGCCUCCCCACCCCGAAACAACCUCGCCUGUCAGGAGCAGUCAGAGCUGUGUCCUCCUUCCCUCCCAGACCUGCAGCCUGCCACAACCUGGGAUUUGUUCGAUCAAUGCUGCUUUGCAGAAACCUGUAGGAAAACCUCAAGGGGGGGAAAAGGAAGGGAAGGGAAAGGCCCUUUCAAAUUUCCAGUUCUUUUUAUUACCGACUGAUUUCUGUCCACUUAAUAAUUUAAUUUUCUGGCUAUUCUAUCUCUUGUGCUGUGUAAAAUUGAAGCCACUAAGAACAUGCCACAGAUGCACAGUACCCCAAUAGAGCAUAACAGAGCAGGGCAGAGUCCUGCCUGGUUGUACUGGGCACCAUCUGAAACAAGGAACCUCAAUUCCAGUAUCAGGUGUUGAAGAAUAAUUUCGAUGGGGAGUUUGAGCGCAUUAGCUCCCUGAAGCUGGGAGCUGAAAUGGUUUCAGAGGUCUGUUUGAAGUGGUAUCACACCCUUCUCAGGCUGAAGGAGGCUUUUAAUGGCUCAGGUUACUGGUCACAUUUAGAAAACAUUUGGAAAACGCUUAUAAAAUCAGCAAACACACGCUGCUCUUUCUAGAGCGGCAGUUUUUCCUCCCCAGAUGCAGGAGCAGACGUGGGUUCAGCUUUGGGCACUUGCCCUCUUCCAGUAACAGACUGGGGUGACACUGGCAUGAGUGAGGCACUGGUUAAACUUGCAUCAGCUUCCCAUCAUAGUCACACUGCAAUCUUUUUUCCUGUCAUGGGUCAGUGUUGUUUGUCGUGUAACCUUCAGAACUUCCAGUUAGGGGUUAAAUGGUUUUUCUUCUUCAGGUUAGAUGCUUGAAACUACUUAAUUCUAUUCUAUAAAGGAGUUUUUAAUCCUUUAACUGCAGGCUCCUUUACUUAAAGACAUGUUACUGAAUACUGAAUUGUUCACUUCACUUGUGCAAUGAUUUGAAUCUCAACCUGAAAUGAUAAUCUGAAAUCCUAAAGCAUUUAAAAUACAUAUUUACCCAAAGCUUGUAUAACAGCAAUAAUAUAUAGAUAACAAUGCAUAAGUGAGUUUGUAUCUUAUUUUAGCCUACUAAUUCCAAGCAGUGUGUGCUUUAAGGCAAGUUGCUCCAGACUAGGUUGUAGCAAAGCCACCACUGAUUUCAGCAGAGCCAGAUUUUCACCUCGAAGGAAAUCUGAAGAACCCCAGUCCAGUGACUGCGCACUCAGUGGCCCUGAAUCUUUGAUGGAGUGUUGCCUAAUUAUCACUGUCAAAUGCUGGUUAAUGUUUUAUGAACUCACUCUUCUUUUUCCCUCCUGCAGCUGACUCAAGAUGACGACAGCCGCACCACUGGUCAAUAACACCCAGCUCUCAGUAAACGUGACCACAAAGUCUCAAGAACAAAGCCUCUAUCAAAGCUCUGGAGCCAUAGUUGCUGCCAUUGUAGUAGGAGUGAUUAUCAUUUUUACAGUGGUUCUGCUCAUACUGAAAACAUACAACAGACGCAUGAGAGUGAAACGGGAGCUGGAGCCCAAACCCACCAAAGCAGCAAUGUCACCUGCAUUAGGGCAGCCCAGCCACAGCCUGCCUCAGCAUCCCACAGUGACCUUCAUACCUGUGGAUAUCCACAUGCAGAACAGGUAACUGGGAACACUUGUCCUCCCCGUGAGCAGAGCGGUGGAAUUCUCAUUUGUGUGGAUCUGGGACUCCUCAGCAAAGUGAAUCUGCAUUUGGAGCUGUUACUCUGUCUACAGAUUGUAAUUAAUCCCACUUCCUGUCUUUGAGAGGAGAAAUAAAGGGUCUGGAUGUUUCCCCUGUGACUGAAA